AAAAUCACUCAACAAAUAUUAAGCAAUAUCUAAGUGGCUAAUCAACAAAUUAAAUUGUGUAAUGAUCAAGGGUGAGUCAUAAACUGCUGAUUAAAGAAAACUGCACAACUCAAAGCACUUUUGAGAAAUUGCGUGUGACAUGCUCUCUGACUGAGCAAACAUCUGGAUCUCAAGUCAUGGGAUACAAAGAACUACAAAUGUCAACCAACCCACGUCGUUCAGCACACAUCGUUUUAAACCACGCCUGCUGUUGAGCAAGCACUGCAUCGGACAGAUAUACUCCUGUGCGUUUCAUGUUUGCGUAAGUGUGCAAACUUGCGCAAACGUGAGCAAUGUCUAACAGCGAGGAAAUACACACCAAUCUCAUCGACGAACCUGACGAUGACUGCAGCAGUCCAGAGGUUCGAUAUUCAGUAUUUCAGAACCCUGAUAAAAGAAGCAAGCAAUUUUGCCAAGAUCCUUUCAAGGUGGCAACAGCAUGCCUGACUGCCUUCUGCCUCAUCUUACUCAUGAUCCUGGUGGUCACAAAUGUUCACAGUGGUGAGGCACGUUCAUCUGAUCAGGAUUCCCCGUCCAGCACUGCUGAAUCACGCAUGCAGAAGGGCUGCGCUAACGUAACGGCUCUGACUGAAGAACUGCAGGCUGUGAAGAGAGAAAAGAGUCAACUGGAGGAAGAAUGGACACAGUUGAAGAAAAAGAUCGCUGAGCUUGAGGCAACCACUGCACCACAAACCACUCCAGUACCAAUGAAGAAUCCCUGUCCUGAAGACUGGAAGCACUUUAACGGCAGCUGUUACUACGUCUCAGAAUACCGAAGGAGUUGGUCGGACAGUCAGGCGUACUGCAAACAACAAGGAGGACACCUGGCCAUCAUCCUCACAGCUGAAGAACAGACGUUCAUAUGGAACCUGCUGCCCCGUGGAUACUGGAACUCUUACUGGUUUGGCAUAAGUGAUCAAAAAGUAGAAGACGACUGGUACUGGGUGGAUGGAACGAAACUGGUUGGAGGUUUCUGGGAAGAUGGUGAGCCCAACAACCAUGUUAAUGAAGACUGUGGCAACAUGGUAAAAACAAAUGUUUUAAGCCGUGUGGCUACAAAGAGCUGGUAUGACGCUCCAUGCUACAUGUCCUUGCCCUGGAUCUGUGAGAAGCUGGUGUCCUCUUGAACUUUGCUCCUACCAUCAUCAUCUUCACCACCAGCAUCAACAGACAUUCAUUGAUCAUUAGUAAUACAAGCUGUAAUGAAAUUUCCAUAGCAUUUAGAAUGUCUGGUCUCAGGGUUUUCAGUGUUUCAAACUUUAAAUGACUAACUGCAGUCAUGGGUCAAAAAAAAAAAAAAAAAGCAAUUAACUUUUUAUUUUACUCCGACACCAUAUGUGCAUUAACCUACAUUUAGCUAUGCAUUUUAACACUGGACAAUUUAGUGAAUUUAUUAACUGCUCAAAUAUUAAACAAAUCUAUUGAGGCUGAUUAAAACCUUUUUUAUGUUAAAAAAAAAACAUUUGUAUGUAAGAACAUAUUGUCUGUCUUUUCCUAAACGACUAAACAUUUUUAAAAUUCCUUAUAAAUGUUUUCUAUGCAUUUUUGGGGGUAACCAAUAACAAUGUAAUAGUCAUUUUAUAUAAAUAUCUAUUUUUUCUUAUAAAUUUGGGAAUGUCUGGCAGUUCCACUUACACUCAGUAGGGCGCAGCAUUGAGUCAAGGUUUUGAUCAUAACAGUACAAUACGAUCAGUCGAUACCUGGUUUAUUUUACUUCAUUAAUAUUGACAAACCUAUCUCUGUCAUCCGAAUGUUACAAAUAAUCACAGAAAUCCGUGCCUUUGUUGUUGUUUUUCUAGACUAUGCAUCACUUUAGUUAAGAUUCAUUUUAAGAACA